GCUGCGUCCUCAAACUCCCACACGGCGCCCGACAGUUCACGACAGCGCGCGCACCGAGCUUCACCUGGCCACAAGCCCGAGCAGACACGGAGGAGACAUGUCCUCUCAGGAGACGUUCAACGACGCGGGCUGCACUUCUUCCGAGGAGGACGGGAGCCGCGCGGACCUGCCCGACGCGCCGCCGCCGCUCGUGGAGAAGACGUCCCCGGCGGCGCGGCGGCAUCACCCGUUCAGCGUGGAGGCGCUCAUGUCCGGCGGCAGGAAGGCGGACAGGCGGAGCGGGGAGUUCACGGGCUGCUAUAAACCGACGGGAGGCUCCCCGGCCGCGGGCUUUAACCCGCUGUAUCUGCACCGGGAGGCGCGCAGUCCUCCGGAGGGAGGCAGGCAGUGCGCGCCCGGUGCGCCCUCGUCGCCGGUGAAAUCCGAGGCGUCCGAGUCCGAAGACUGCGCGGCUCAGUGGGUCACAGCCAGCGCCUUUUCUGCACAACCACGUCACAUCAGUGCUUCCUGCCAGCUGAGGAAACACAAGACCAACCGAAAGCCCCGCACUCCCUUCACCACGUCGCAGCUGCUGGCUCUGGAGAGGAAGUUCCGGCAGAAGCAGUACCUCUCCAUCGCCGAGCGAGCGGAGUUCUCCUCCUCGCUCACCCUGACAGAGACCCAGGUGAAAAUAUGGUUCCAGAAUCGCCGGGCCAAGGCCAAGAGGCUUCAGGAGGCCGAGCUGGAGAAAAUUAAGAUGGCCGCGGACGCCAAGACGGCGGCGGUGGCGGCAGCCGCAGGAGCUUUGCACCCCGGGUUUACGUUACCCCUGUCGCUGGGCGCCAUGUCGCUGUACGGACAGUCGUACUCCGCCUAUCACGGCCACCACAGACCCAUUCUGCCCAUUUCGCCUUUAGGACUGUACGCCGCCCCCCUGGGCUACAGCAUGUACCACUUAUCAUAAAGAUGGAGAUAUCACAGACUUGAGUGAGACACGUUUUAAAGGAUUCCCACGCAAAAUCUGUUUAUAAAAUAUCUACUGCACAAGAAGUGUUCGCAUCCUCUUUUAUGAGCACUUUGCAGCAAAUUCUUCUUCUUUUUUUUUAUUGCCACCCAGGAUGAAAAACACUUCCUCUCUUGCCCAUUUGGAUAGUUUACAUGACUGCGUCUACGUCAAGACGGGCGCUUCCGUCUGGCUGUUUAUGCUCUCUCCUUGUUUACUUCUGAAGUAAUUGAGCUGGGUGAGGACUUGCACUGUGCGCCACGACACAGACUGUGACUUUUUCUAUGAAAAAAACAAAACAAAACAAAAAGGGCCUUCAUACCAAGAGACUUAGGAAACUGAUGUGGGUGAAUCGGGUGUUUUACAAACUCAGGCCAGAUAAAACAUAUCACGGAAACACUCUUGUUUAUUCCCGCUUUUCCCAAAGUGUCUCGUUUGCCUUGAUGCAGCAGUCGGAUCCAGGUUAAUGGGCUCUUUUGAAUCGGUCAAGUUCAGCCCUCUCAAUAAUCUUUGCGCCACAGUAAUUCAAACUUUGCUCAUGUUUCGUCCGUCAUAGCAAUAAAAGCAUCUUUGCCACGCCAUCGUGUCUUUACAACACGUUUUUAAAGCAUAGACAUAUUUAUUAUCCUUAAAAUAACAAUGCUGGAAAUGUACGAGUGCCUUAUGCUUUUUGUAUUUAUGAAAGGUCGCAACAACAUGGUACAAACUUUCUGACCACGAUGUAUUUAUAGUACCUUUCUUCCUGAAUGUCCCUUUGAAAGGGCUUCCAUUGUGCUAUGCAGUUUGUAUUUUUUUGUAUAUACGUUUCUCCUGUCUGUUUCAUUGUUGAAAAGAGCAAAAUGAUUAAAGCCUUAUAGACUGUU